UGUUUCUUCAUAAUUAUUUUCGGUUUGUGUUGGAGAAGUACCAAAAAUGGGGGGACUCAAUUUUUGGGCCUCCCUAGGGAUAUUUCUUCUGGCCACGAGCCAUAUAGAGGCCUGCUGUAGUGAGAAAGGAUUGUGUUUGCUUGAGACACUAAAAGAUUUGAAAGAAUGCAAGAAGUUCGCUUUGGCGUCGUUAUUGAAGCCGAAGAAGCUUUUAGAUGACUGCCUUGAUGCACCGCCGACCAUUCUCUUGAUGCCGGCGAACGCGCCACCACCACCGUCCUCACCGUUUCUCUAUGCUUCGGCCCCGCCGCCGUGUUUACCUCCACCUCUUCUAUUGCCUCCGCCGCCUCCACCGUCAAUUGUUUUACCGGCGCCGCCCCCUUGUGCAGCGUUACCACCACCGCCUUUAUACUUGCCGGCGCCCGCUCCUCCACCACUUCUACUGCCUCCCUCGCCUCCGUCAUUCGUUCUGCCCGCGCCCCCAUGUGCGCCUCCGCCAUUAGUUCUCCCUGCGCCGUCUCUUCCACCUCUAAUGCUGCCACCGCCGCCACCUCCGUGCUUACUCCCACCGCCGGUAGCACCGCCGCCGCAAGUUGUCUACGCGGCGUCUCCGCCCCCGCCUCCGCCGCAGCCGUUAAUGUUGCAGGCACCGCCACCUACGCCUCCGCAGCUCCUAAUGGCUCCACCACCGCAGCCUCCACAGCUCUUGCUCCAAGCUCCUCCGCCACCUCCACCGCAGAUAAUGUACCAGAAGCCUGCUGCGCCACCAGCUCCUUUCAUGCUGCAGGCGCCGCCUCCUCAGUACGCGCUGCCGCCACCGGCCUGUGCGCCGCCACUAUUUCUCCCUGCUCCCGCGCCACCGCCGAUGUACUUGUCAGCUCCUCCGCCGCCGCCGGCUUACUACCCCGCGCCGGCGCCGCCGUGCGGCUGCGCGCCGCCUCCGCAGCCAAUCCCCGUGAAGAGCUUCAUCGUGCCUCCACCGAUUCCAUGCUCUCUCGAGCCCAAGCCCCUACCGCCGUGCAAGUGCAAGUGCAAAUACUUUUAAUACUUUCCUAUAGUUUUAAUCAUAUUUAUUACAAUAAACACAAUUUUCAUAAAUUUACAAUGGCGAACAGUUGAUUUUAGGUUAGAGCUUCUGAAUUACCUACUUGUUAGGGGACUCGGCCCCGCCUACACUAUCGUUUCAUCAAGUAUGCACGCGAUGCGAUGCCUUUGUUCAGUAGGCACGAGUACUCCUAUACACACAAUUGCAAUUCUAGAAUAGUUAUUGUUUAACAAUUUUGCACCCUUAUUAGUAGUAUAGAUCGUGUCAUUCACGAAGACUCGUGCCUUGGUUCGUAUUGUCAUGCAAUUAACGGUUAAAUUUGCAAAAUUCGCGCGUCAUCGUCAAUGACACGAUCUAUAGUUGUUAUAAUAUUAGCUAAUAAAUUAAUAAUAUUGAGACCCAAACUAGCAAAAGAGUGUUAAAGUUGUAUCUAAUGCACACUAGAGAAUAAAAUACAAACUCGCACACUGACUAAAACAAUAAAGAGAGAGACAAUGUGGUGUAAGAUAUAUUUGGCAUA